CCCGGAGCGCCCGGCGCCUCGGAGCGUCUCGAGGAGGGCGCGGAGGCCGAGGCCGACCGGGAGAGACCUCGAGUAGAGGCGAGGAUGCGCGGAUAGGCGCCCCCGGCGCGACCACGGGUUUCCCGACGAUUUUCCGCCAACCCCCGAGACUUUGGCCGGUUCGACGCGGCAUCCCCCUAAUGGCCCCCAGGCGGCACGCGAACAGCCACAGCGGCGGCGGCGGCGGCUCCCCGGAGACGGGCGGCGAGCUGGAGAGCUUCGCCGGGUGCGGCCAGGGCGGCGUCCCGGGGGUGGGCUCCCCCGCCGCGACCCACUGCUGCCUGCCCAGCGGCGAGUGCCUCCGCGGCGACUCCCCCAUUCGCGUCAACGCCCUGCACGAGGCCGUCAAGGUCACCUGCAACAACGACAACUGCCCGGUCGGCCAGUUCAUGCACCGCGAGUGCUUCGACGCCUGGGAGCAGACCGUCCUGGCCUACCUGAAGGGCUGCGGAAGGGCGCGCAGCUGGUCGGAGCGCCAGCGCCACCAGAACCUCUGGACCAAGAAGGGCUACGACCUGGCCUUCAAGGCCUGCGGCUGCAGGUGCGGACGCGGCCACCUCAAGAAGGACCUCGACUGGAUGCCGCCCGGCCCCGGCAGCGCGCCCGGCGCCCCCAGGGACGAGGCCGAGGCCAAGAAGAAGAAGCGCCGCAACCGGCAGAACACCAGGCCCAGCCUCGCCCUGUCGGCCGGCCCGCCGACCGGGCACGGCCACGCCGUCUCCAUCGGCGCCCCCGGCGGGGGCGGCGGCCCCGUCGGCUCGGGCCGCGGCUCCGACGGACAGGGCUUCGACGCCUCGGCCUCAGGUCGCGGGCGCGCCGGCUCGCUCUCUUCCAGCACCGGCUCCAGCUCGCCUCCCGCCACCAGCGAGCCCAGCGUCAGCCCCCUGCACCAGCCCCAGGUCAUCGUCAAGAAGCGCAGCAAGGUCGACUUCUUCGGCGACCGAGCGAGGCAAAGCGGAAACGCCAAUGGGAUCUUCUCCCGCAGGCUCGACUUCAGUGCUUUCAACAGCCUUCCCAGGACGAAGCUCAACUCCUACCACAUCAAGAUGGAGGACGAGGGCAACCACGGGAACGACGACACCAGAUGCUUCAUCCUGUCGACCCUGGCCGCCCUCCAGUGGACCAGGGUGUCCUGCGUCCUGUGCCGCACGACGAUGCUCGUCUUCGACAGAUACCCCCUGGUGGACGGGACGUUCUUCCUCUCGCCGAGGCAGCACUCCCACGCCUGUGCCGAGGUUAAGGUCGAGGGUCGCACGCAAUUCCUCUCGGCCGUGUGCAUGAGCUGCCUGGAGGGCAGCGGCGGCGCCCCGGUUCGGUGUCGGUGUUGCACGCAGCCCUGGGACGGAUCCAGCCUCGUGCUCGGCACCAUGUAUAGCUACGACAUCUUCGCUGCGAUGCCUUGUUGCACCGAGCGCCUAAAGUGCAACAGCUGCCAGAAACCUCUGAUCUAUCCGCACCAACGACUGAACUUCUACUCGGACUACAGCCGCGUUUUCGCCUGUCCUCACUGCGGAUCCGUGGACGCCCACUUCGUGAAGCCCCUCUCCGUCUGCUUCACCCGCGAGCAGUUCCAGCUGUACACUCAGUGGCCGUAACUACUGCUUAAUCGAGCGAAUAGUCACUCGCGAAUAGUCAACGCCAAGAUGGGCCUCCCGGCGAGGACGCCGAACGGACCGCCCUCGAGACUCCCUCGGGACGCGUCCAAGGCGGCCUCGAGGCCAAGGGCGACCUUACUUUUUUAGUUCGUCCGACGUAUAUAAUUGUAUAUUAGUGCCGGCUCGCGUACUCAGACCCGUACUAUCGUUGGAUCUAAUGAGGACAUUUGGAACUCGCUCUUGCCCUAGGCUUGCGCUUAGUUUACGCGAAAGAUACCUCGGGACGGAACGGAUCGUAACUGCGCGCGCUUCGUUUACGUUACGUAUCGGCUACCACGCGAUAACCCGGGGAUGGACGUGUUUGCGACCGAUUGGUACUUCUCUCCUGGAUGACCAAUUCGUUUUGGAGGUUUUACUCGGCUAUCUCUAGGUGUACCGAAACGCGGGGAACGACCGGGCGGGCAAGGUGUCCCGGUACUUUCGUUGAUCUCAACGUUUGCAUUUUUUAACGCUCCGCCCGAAUGGAUGCAAACAUGCGCAUCCCCGUGCAACAUCACAUUCAUACUCGUGUACAAGUUCUCGUGAAUUUGGUUCCGAUUGCGUUUCUCGUGCGUGGAUGCUGUGCACGCACGCCAUUUUGCGUAUACUACAGGUUCUGUCCGUAUUGUUUAUUUACCGGCUAUUUUUCCUCCCCCCGCGGACCUUACCGCCGCGGGGGGAGGCAUCAGCAGUUAUUAUAAAUAGUAUAUCGUGUUAUCGUUAUAAGUUUUCAUCGAUGAUACUAAGUAGUUUAUGUGCGAGCGCAGCUGAGCUGCCUUCCCGAGACAUCGCCCACCGUUGAUCCGGGAUGUAGGGCAAUCAUUAUUAAUAUAUACAUUAUAUAUAUAUUAUAUAAAUAUAUAUUAGUGACACCGUUUAUAUUAGAUUGCGAGCGAUUUGUAGCGUUGGCUCGUGGUCCUAGAUGCCAGGAUCCAGGACUAGUAAUUAAUUUAGCUGGCGGAACAGCGUUUUAGUUUAGAGAUUCCCGUGAACGGAGAUGAGCACCAUUUGUUAUACUUAUUAUUUAACAUUACCGAGUGGUUAUUUAUUGUAACCGUCCACGGCGGUCUAAAACGAUGUUUAGUUGGUAGUCGGAUCAAUGUAAUUGGAGCCGUAAUUGUGGUUGGAAUUGGGUAGCCACUGACGUACCUCGAAUUCCAAUCACAAGUUAUAAUUUUAAUCACUAAUCAGAAGACGUCCUAAUUCUAGUGGCUAUCAUUGAGGAGACACAGGAACCGAUCAGGUAAUCGAGUCGCAGCAUCUAAUCGAUCCAGAAAGCUCUCUGGUACGGUUUAAUACUACAUCGUUUCGUUUGAGAUCAAUCGUGAUAGUUUGUUUCAAUUUAAUUUCGCUCGUUCGAGAUCGACGAAGGUAAUUACUCGGUAAUAGAAUUACAAAGAAUUAUCCGAGAGAAAGUUAUAAUUGAUGAUGCUUAUUCUUUCGAGUAUCGAGACACGUGUAUAUACGAAUCGUGGAGAUAAUAAGGGGGGGCAUAGUCAAAAUGAUUGCCCUAUGUCCUUGGAACAGAGAUCGUUUCUCAGUGUGCCAAAUUUGCGCUGCACCCUCGCCCCGUUCCUCCUCAAUUGAUUCGAUUAGCGGAGUGAUAAAUCCAUUGAGAGGAACGAAGGAGCGAGGCCCUGUUAGAGUAAAAAAAAAAGGUUUAAUAUAGCUCGUUAGCGUUGCGUAUUCCAUAUGGCUUUUACUUUAUUUUUUUUUUUUUAAAUGAUUACCGAAGCGAGGGUAGGCUAACAGGCGCGCAUUGGGUAAAAUUAAGAAAAACCGUCAAUUAAGACCUACCGGCGAGAAGCAGCGUUCUAGGACGUCUUCCGAUCUAACGCGUAGGAGGGUCUGCGUCGCUCGGUAAGCAUUUCUCUUAUUUUUUUUUUUUUUUCCUUCGGAGGUAAUAUCGUAACGCGUUUUGUAUUUAGCGAUCCUAGCUUUUGUACAAUAUACUCGCAUCGGCGUAUCCUCUAAGACUAAGCCUAGCUGCGUAAGCUUUUUUUAUUCCGAGUCUAAUGAUUAAGGGUUUGCUACUUUUUCUACCGAGGCGUGGGGGUAUUUAAGGCGGGAUCGAUUCUAUACGAAAUAUCGCACUGGCGGAUAACGGCGAAAACCUAAGCGGAAUCGCGUCGACGGAUUAACACUUAGGAACAUUCCUAGAGUAAAUCGUCGAAGACGCUCGACGAGAAUCCAUGUAUCACGUGCGAGUUGCGAGUCGGCGACUCAAAUACGCUCAACGACGGUAUCAUUAUCAAGAGAGGCUCGGUUAGGCGAUUCUUCUAAGCCGAGUCAGGAGUCUGUACUCCUAUCACCCUACAUAUUGCUGUUUCAAUGUCUGAAACUAAGAGCGAACACCUGUACGAAUGUGCGCGACGUCUUACCCGGUGAUAUCCAUGUUCCUGUAUCGCGUCGCGCACAUUUUGUCGGUCGCUCAAUCUAAGACUAUGAUCGACGGUAACACGUCGGCGGCAUUUAUCGAUGGAAGUUCGAUUCGGGGAUUUUCUAAAUAGAGGCUAGCAUCCGCGUUACAUGUUACGUAUUACGGAUUCAGGAGGGAAAAGUGAUACGGAUUAUAUAUCAAAAUAUAUAUAUAUUAUAAUAUACAUAUAUUAUUUCGAGUGCAGAAUUGGGCAUAAUCGGGUUAUAUGUAGUUUGUAUCCAUAUAUAUAGAUUUACAGGUUUUUAUGUAGGUAGGAACGUGUACAGAUAUAACGUGUGCUCAAUUCUUAGUAUAAGGCUGUAUCACUUUUCUUCACUUGGUAACGUCUUUUCAAUGUCUGUACGGAGUAUGUUCUACGUGUCACGAGGGUGGGUUCCAUUCCUCGCGGGUCACGAUUCGCCGGAUGAAAAAGACUAAAAAAAGCUUUUCUAACAUUUAUUGCGUCGGCGGACACUCGUCCGGGGGAGCCCAACUCGGCAGUUUUUUUUUUUCUUUUUUUUUUAUAUGACGGCGCACUUAUUUCUCAUUAGACAUCCGCGUUUGCGGGAUAUUGCCGUUAUAAUCGUCCGAAAUCGACUGAAGGUCUGCGCGGAUUUCCGCAGACUUCUUUCAUUUAGGAAUAUGAAAUUUUGUCAGGUGCGACCGUGCGAACGAUUCGCGCCGAUCGCGGCACAUACGAUAGCCUAUUGUAACUAUAUUGUCCUAGAGGGUAGAGUUUUUAGAAGUUGCGGGUGGCAACUGACACUAUCGACACGCGAUUACUUGACGAAGAGUAUAUAUCCGCAGUUAGGAGGCGCGUCAGAUCAUUCGUCAUUUUAUGCAGAACCGUUGGCUUUUCGACGACUCGAUGAAAGUUAAGAGUGCUCUCCGUCUUUUCGUUCACCCUUUGUCACCAUCACUUUUGGCAAGUUUUUUAUGUCGAGGUAAUCGAAAACCUUUUAUACUAGUAGCUCCAUGCCGGAGAGAAUGCCUGCCCAUUAGUCAUAUUCCGAUAACCGACUGAAUUAGCAUAAGUAACGACGUAGUCAUCUGUACUUUUUUGAGCAGACUUUGUAACUUUUGAGAUACCAGUCUAUACAAAUUUUCUACUUUUCCACUGAUACACCGAACUCGCCAAAUUUACGAUAAGACUUGCUUUUCGACAUAUCGGGACUGCGGAUGUAUCCGAUCAUCCAUGUCGCGUUAUCACGUAAUUUGGAUCAUUUCGAGGCUCGUACGCCUCGAUUCGAUCUUUGCAGCAGCCAGUCAUUUCUACGCGUACAGACCUCUCUGUCCUAGUAACGUAUUGUCUUAUAUUCAUCAAUAAGAUUAAGGCCGGGGGAGAGAGAAAGUACAUCGGUCUGUGGAAAUUGUUAAAAGCCUAUUCAAAGCAAUCGGUUCCGGUUGCGUUACAAGCCGGCGCUAGAAUGCACAAUAAAAUAACAGACUUCAAUUAUGAAAAUCGAGACUCGGCGACGUAACUCUCUCGACAGCAUUUCGGAAAUAGGGUUAUUCCAGCUAGCAGGGAGGGGGAGAUUUUUUUUUUUCUUUUACGUUGUUUGUAGUCAACUAAGUUGAAUCAAUUAGUAAGAAACCUCAAAAGCGAGCGGAGAAAGUACGCCGAUCGGCGGACAUUAUUAAAGGCUUAUCCGGAGCAGUUAAUUCCAUGAUAUAAGAGGCAAAUAGAAGUAGGCGUUCGCUAUUUCUAGAUGCUAUUAAGACGGACGUGGCCGUACGUGUGUGCCCGUUUCCGAGGGGUCUUAAAUUCUCCUCGGUGCUUCGAUCAGGCCGAACAUUGCUCGAUUUUCUGCAGAAACACGGCGCGGACGUAUGACGUAAUACCGUAAUUGUAAUUUCCGCAUGUCUAGUCUUGCGUACGCUUUAACUCUCCGAGAGCACGCGGAGCUCGCGUCUUCCCUGAUCUGCACAAUUUAUUAGAGAAAGCUAGCUUUAGAUGGGGACCGACUUGCGCGCCGAAUAACGCUAUUCGUUUUUUAUCCGAAGAAAAAAAAGCCAACAAAUUUUUACGUAAUCUGUUAUCCCGUCCAGUUAUGGCGGGCACCUGAAACACGUCGGGAUGCACCUGUCAUCGAGGCGACGGGUGUAGGGAUGAUCCCCGUUGUUUGGACGACGCGAGAGUCAUUUGUCAUCCCUGGAAUCGAGGGUGCGUUGACAAGACUCAAAGGAAUCAUUGACAAAGGGUGACGGAGAGAGGGGGAGAGCCGGUCUUACAAGCUCUGAGGGAUCUUUCCCGAAACGGUGCAUUUAUGGGACCUGCUGGAGGUUUGCCCUGGUUGUCGCUCGGGCUUGUCACCGGAGACGAAAAUGGCGAUCGAGUAGCGAAAGAUGCUUUUUUUUCUUCUUAUCAACUACUCGCACUCGUUGAGGCCAAUUCCCUAGAAGCGGCGCAAAAAGGGCUCGGAUGCAAUUGGACGUGCGUCGCGUCGCCCGCCGUGCGACGCGACAAAUUGAACUAACGAUAAUUGCGGGUCGCCCUUUUUGCCGGUGCGUUUCUUUGAGGCCGGCGAGGGUCGAUUAGCCCCGGCGAUCGUAAAAAAUUGGAGUCAUCGAACUCGAUCGAGCGUUUUGCCGAUCAAGGUGCGAACUUAUGCACGUUGCACCGAGUGCACGUCCUGCUCGCCGCUCGGCGCGAGUUCAAUGAGUUCUAGUUCGAGGUCGGUGGAUUUAAUGGGACGUAUAACGCAGUGAAUUCGCACAUUCGGCCGACGCCAAGUGCUUAGCACCGAAAGCGCUCGCUCAAGCAGGGAAAAUCCCAGCUCCGGUAUGAAUGGUCCUUUACCCUGUAAAACGUGCGAUGCAAAACGUGUAUCCGUCAAUGCACCUGCCUACCACGUUUACAUGACUCCGCUGAUUUCCCGUUAUGACUGCCAUAACUGCCGUGCCAGGCGAAAAGGCCGUAGCCGCAUUUUCUACCGGCCGGGCAUAAAUGCGAUCUUCCGCCUUAACGACGCUUGAUACCGAGAAAGCGUUCCGAACAAAAGUUACUCGGCGUCCUGUUGCGAACAACUUUUUCGGGGAACAUUUCCUUGCGCGGGGAUUGGUUAAGACGGAAAAGCGGAUUUUCGUCGCGUCGGAUGUGCUCCGAUCUUGGAGGUCUAUAGGGGAAACGGCGGUCCCCGUUUCGAUGCUCGCGGAGUCACGGGACGGAGGGAGGCUUCGUUGUAAAACAGAUAGUUGGUAUAUCCGUCAGUUGUAGAAUUUCAAUACCUUGUCGCGUAGGCGCCGAAGACCUUCGGUCUUCUCUCGCCGAAAUUAAUCAUUCGUGGAUGCAAGCGGUAUUUUUUUUUUCUUUGUCAAACUAUUCCUACGGAUGAUAGUCUUGCGUCGUAAUUGCGAGGGGCUCUUAGGUUUCCAAUGUACGGAUGCGAGGAAUCCGGCUUGGAUAUGGGGGAUGGAAAGGAAGGGCAACCAAAAAGUACUGGAGGGUAACUACUAAAUUAAGCGUUUCGUGUGUAUUAGACGUAAAUCGGGCAUUUUAAUUCGGCUGUGUGAGAAAAAAAGAUUUAGGCGAUCGGACGGAAGAGAAAAAAAAAAAAUACCUAGGCUCUAAUUCGGUAAGAUUGAAGUUUAGAUCUAUAAUUUUUCUACCCUAUUUUUUUAACGAUCGGUGUCGUUCUCGUCAAAAUUACGUAGGCGUUUACAUUCUAAGGAAUUGGCUUAAAUUUACGGAGGUGGCGGCGCGCAAUAAAGUGACGUCUCGGCCGUGACUCGAGCACCGCGUUUCGUUACGAGUACGCGCGAUCCGUGCUCGCCUCGCGGAUCGAGGCGAUGGGGUAAAUUCGCCGCUGUUUAAUGAAAUCCCUUGGAAAUUAAGGUUACGAUUAAGUAAGCCGGAUAGGAAGUAGGAGAAAGCCGCUUUCGGAGUCUUCAGUGCACCCUUUUCGAUUGGCAGCGCGUGCCCGGUUGUAUUCAAAUUGACGAUUGCUCUCCGGCAGAUUGUUUUUUUUUUUUCGGGGGGUGUUUCCGGUGCCGUGGAGAAUAUCCGGAAUUAAUUUCAGAAGGAGGCGGAUGAGAUUGAGUAUUACGAAGGCAUAAUAGAAAUCAUGAUUUCUGACAUUCGGAGGUAAUUCCGUUGGCCGGAUAUUUUCCCCCGGCAUGAGCAGCGAGCACGAGUACGGAGCUUAAGCCUCUCUCGCAACGUCAACGAUAUAUAUGUAUACCUAGGGUAGUACCGCAUAUUAGUGUUAAACGGUAACGUAAUUAUAAUUAACGGGAAGCGUACACGUAGGUCCAAUAUUAGGGUGUGCUAAAAAAAGACAUCUCCCGCCUCUUGCCAGGAGAGAGAAGUGCCCGCUCUCGGUGAGAAAAUUGUUCCAAGGAUGUUGGCGUCAGGAUACGCGGAGGAGAGGGGAAAAAAAAAAGUGUUAAGAGCCGUCGCUAUUAUCGGACUUAAUUGACACCUGCGGGAUUGCCCUUUUCAUUCAAUUCCUUGGAGAUUUAGGAGGGAAAAGAAAAAUCGUUCUCCUCGAUGGGUGACCUUUCGCUCGAGCGCGAUUAUUAACCGCGGUGCAUUUACCGCAGUCUCUGUCGGAAGUGAUCUAAAUGAGAUUCCUUUGAUUUUUUAUCGCAUAUCCUGUACGGAUACGAGGUCCUCCGACUUUUUUUUUUCGAGUUGAUUUUCCCUGUAGAGCGACUCUUUCUCCCGAUAAGGGGGACUUUGGAAUGCGAUUUUCUUUUGGCACACCCUAACCAGUAUGCUAUUUAGGUCUUAUUCGUGUAUCGAUUAAGUGUCUCGGAAAGUAAACCGAUCGGACGGCGGAGAUGAAAGGGGAGCCGAAAAGUAUAGUAACGAGUAUACAAUACCGUGAGGUGUGAUGUGAACAAAAAAAAAUCAUAAAAUCGUGCUGGUGGUGCGGACCAAGCGGAACUGCUGGCAGAGAGACGAGGCGACUCGAGAAAACCGAGAUACCGAGUGUCGAAAAACAGAAAGAGAGAGAGAGAGAGAGAGAGACGUGCUACUGCAUCGGGCUUAGGACAGACGAUGGGAAAAAGAAAAAGAGAGAGAGAGAGAAAGUGACGUCGAAAUUGUCCGUCGUUGCACAUUUCGUUUGUCAGGGCUCGUCGCUCGGCCUUGUCCGACCGUUUUUUGGGCGGCGGCAUUUUCCCUCCUAUGCACCUCCACUCGUUGAAGUCUCUCCCGCUCUCGUUCCUCGUUCUCCAAUAUGGCGUCUUCGCGAGAUCCAUGGGACGCGCGAAAGAGGGAUUUCAUUUUUCACACCUUCUACACGACAGCCUUCACGGGCCUGUCGGAAAUCGGUCAUACUUUCUUUUCGUGGUUUCUUAUUUUUUUUUCUUUUUUCCCCCGUUAAAGAGUGUACACUUAAUUCUCGCGUUAAGUCACGGGAUGAUUUCUUCGUAAGCGCUCCGAGCCGCACGGAGGGAAGGCUAAUUUUGAAUGACGGAAGCGCUAUUUUUCCGAUUUUGGAGAGAAUCGAGAUAUCGCUUCGUUAGGGCUCGUUCCGACGUCGCGGUCGAGUCGCUCGUUGGGCGAUUCGAUGUAUAUAUAUAUUUUUUUUUAACCCCGCGACGGACCGGCGUUCAGGCGCGACACCCGUGUCGGAAUCGACGACCCCGAUUCGCGUACAAAUUUCCGCCGACCCCCGCAAGUACAAAAGGUGAGAAAAUCAGGGCUCGAAGACUGUAAAUUCCAAAGUACGGCGAUUUCGAGGGAGACAGAGAAAGAGAGAGAGAGAUCUUGGUCGCAGAUCCCGGAAACGGGGCCGUCGAUUUUCCAAGAUGGCGAAGGCCGGCCCGCCGCGAGGUCGCGAGUCGGCGGCUCGAGUGACAGCUGCCAAAAGCUGUCAGCUGUCACUCGGCAUCAGGAAUUGACGUCGUCCGGGGAAACGGAGAACCGCAAAGUGUGAGACGUUCCCCAUGCAGUGCGAGAGGCAGCUGCGUUCCUCUAUACCUCCCCCAUAAGAGUACAAAUCGUGUAACGGACAUUAAAUAUAUCGAACGACGAUUAAUAUAAAUCGGAGAGAUGGAUAAGAGAGAGGAGUGAGACAAAGUGAGAGAAAGAGAGAGAGAGAGAGAGAGAGAGAGAGAGAGAGAACAAAAAAAAAGGAAAUUCGGAGUAGAAGCGCGUUGCGGCAUCGUCGAUGCUUCAGGGAAAGAGAAAAGAGAGAUAAUUACUAAUUAUUAUUGACAAAUUAUAAGAGCGGUUAAGAUAGACGUUUUAAGGCGGAGACACGCUUCCUUCGGUGUAGGAAAACUAUUAUUGAUAUCCAUACGAAAUACAAUAAAUAUUAUUUAUACGACGUGGAUAUAUAUACGCAUGUGUUGGCACAUACGUAUGUAUACAUAUAUUAAAAAUAUAUAUAUAUAGAUAUAUAGAUAUAUAAAUAUCCGAUAUAUUAUGCGCAUUAAUAUAGGAAAAGUGCACACGAAGGGGUGCACGGCCACGCAAUACGGAAAAGUCGGGGCUCGUGACACCGUGGUCGCAGGACUGCCAUUAGCAGUUAGGGCUGUCAAUGAGAACUUGACGGUGGUCGUCGUCUAUCCGAUCACCCUUUUCGAAAUAACGCGCUUUCCGCGAUUCACAUCUUACUCGACCACGGUGCACGAGGGAAACUUUAUAUUGGAUGGGGAGAGAGUACAUCGUACGUGCGCCCGGAGUACGCCCUCGGCUCGGUUGUCUUGACGGACGUCGCGACAGGUGUCUCGACAAUUGACCCGCGACGGCGGCGGAUUAUUGGCAGUUUUCUUGGCAGACUUUGCGCGAAGGAGUCACGUACUUAAGGGAUGGGCUCGACUCGGUGCACGUAACGUUGCAACUCGGUACAUUGCGCGGGUCGUUCUACGCGAAUCGCAUACGCGCAAUUGUCCGGCGAAUGCCGGGGCGUAAUAUGCAAAUCGGCGACUCGAUCCGGUUAUCGAUCCCAGCCCUGCCUUCGGGCUACUGGUAUCGCCGACGCUCUUAUCGAUCCCGGUAGCGAAAGUAUUAAUAAAAGCUCAUCUUGUACAAUCCGACGUACGAUCUGGUUAAGCCGAUGCGAAAGUGACGUCGAAGAGGUGUCUCGUUUACGAAACUUUUCUCCGGACUGGGUGUACCGAAUUGUUCCAAGCUUGACAAUGUUAACAUGGAGGCUACAAGGAAGGUCCUGACACCCAUAAGAUUUCAAUUUCUUCAUAAUUUUUUUAUAGAUAUUUGCACAAUUUUGUGUAAAAAAAAAAAUGAAAUUUCAUGAGCGUCGAGACCUUAUCGCGUACAUGGUUACGUUGUCAAAUGUGGAACGAUUGACUCUUCGGAUGCCACUUUCACACCCCCUUAAGCUCCGAUCGGUACGGUUUGGAAAAAAAAAACUGCCUUGAGAAGUCCGAUUCGCGUGGGGUCUUUUCGGUCUUUUCCUCGGGGUGUGCAGGUUUCGGUGCACUAUUUGACGUGCCACUUUAGAUUCUUUCUUUCUUUUCUUUUUUUUUCCCUUUUUCUCCCAAGGUGAGCUUUCCGCCGAUCUCCUCGUACGUACAAUAAAUGCCUUCGAAGGGCGCCAGGGGGACGGCUGUUGCAGGAAACGGGAACGCGGGCAACCGUGGGAAUGAUGCAUGUUGCACGUUGCGGCACCGCGUUGCGUGCGCGGCCUUUGCACGGAUUUAUCUCGUUGCCCCGCCAUUCCCGACUUACGUGCAAAAGCCUUUCCCCGUGUCUUCCACCGUUAGCGGUAUUAUAUCCGAACGGUCCGAGAGAACCUCUAACGCUAAAGGAACGGACGAGAGAACACGCAACUGCCCGAAAAGUAAGACUCGUAGAGAAACAUAUGGAAAUUCAAACGGCCGAGAUGACGUUUUUCCCCCGAGCUUUAUCUACGCAUUUACUCGCGAAAGUAGGAACCGACGUUUCCCCCCCCCACCUUACGGGUUUUUAUAGGAGCAUUUUACAUGACCGUAUAUGGACACCCGACUGCAUGUACCGUGUUUUGCCAGGGUGUUUGCGUGUGCGUGCACGCAUAUCGAGCUGUGUAAAAUAACCGUCGACUGCACGGUCUGGACGGAAAUCUGGAAACCCACCGAAAGACAGCACCGUGCGCGCCCAACGGGGAAGACUCGAAUUUUUCUCGGUCUUGUAGGGUGAGGAGAAAGUUUCGCAAAAAAAAAAAAAAAAGAAAAAAUACAGAAAGUAAAGGGAGGAGCGACGUAUCUUGGGGAUUUUUUUCCAACCGCGAAAAUCUUCUCCUUGGUCUCGGAUUCACCCUCCUUCCCGGUCGCCCUCGUCCCUCUUCGCGGCUCCCACUCUCGCGGCUCCCGCAGACUCCCACUCAUCUCCGGUUCCGAUCUUCGAUGCAAAUCCCCUCCAGGGUCCGGCUUGUCCGAGUGGUCGCCUCUCGAGACCGGUAAUCCAGUCGUCGGUGGCUAACCUCGGCGGUGGACACUCCAGCCGGAUUCCCACGGGACUUUUCCGGGACAUAUCCCGCUCGCGACUCGAGUGAAACUCCGUCAGAAAGUCGAGAGACAAUCGCCGACUCUUCCUCGUUGCGGCGGGACUUUUUAAUAACGCUUCCGCGGAGUGCAUUCUGACGUAUCCAGGAACCCGGAGGAUAUCAAAUGCGAAAGCUACAUUGCCAUUCGACGCUUCGAGAAAAAAAUAUCGGAACGCUCUUCCGGGAUAUCGAUACGCCGCUCGAUUUCCUCUUUCCCGGCAUUCGUGCGCGUAACCGCGACGAGAUAAAAAUUGACCGAUGGAGGAAAAAUUGCAGCCGAGUCGGAGGGGAUAAAUUUCCUCCCUCCACCUUUUUUUUUUUUCUGCAAUUUAACGAGCAAGAGAUUUCCAGGCCGAGCGCUAUUUGCGCGGCCAUUCGCGUCGAUUUGCAGAUCGCGAUCGGUCUUUUGUAACGAUUCACAAUCGAUAUAUAUAUAUAUAUUUAUAAAUCAUAUAUUCUUACGCGGGUAAUGUCAGAUUGGCUAUCCGGAAGCGUUUGGACAGAUUGCGGGAAGUAUGCUAUAAGUGAGAUAGGGUAAUAGUAGGCACCUAACGAAUUACACAUUACCGAGGAGGGCGGCGUACGAAGUAUAUACAUAGUAUAUAUAUAUAUAGUAUAUAUAUAUAUAUGGCACAUGAAGUCACAUGAAUUACUAUAAUAUUCUAUUAUUAGUAUAUAUCGUAAUGAUAUAACGAAGAGUUGAAACUUAAUAUUUUGCAUCGUAAUUAUUAGGUACAUAAUAUUAUAUUUGUUUGGUUGGCUUGAGGGCGAGAGUCUAACUCGGGUUAUUAGUUACUACGCUGUACCUUUACGCGGGCGGGUAAUCGACGACGAGGGGGCCGAGGCCGGGAUCGAUGCCGAUCAAGAAUUAUCCGCGAUCGGCCGGGUUUCCGUCGAUCGGAAAACGGCGAACUGAUCCGGACGUCGACUACUCGCUCGCGACAUUGUGGCCGAGCGGCGGGAGGCAAGGGGAAGGUACGAGGGAAAUCGAGCGAGAGGGAAGAAGCGCCCCCAAAAUGGCGGAAAGGAGCGCGAGAGGGCUCUUUCCGGAAAUGCGAGCUAUUUUCGAGACCCGAGAUAUAUAUACCCCGAUCGGCGACCCGAAGGGUUUCGAGAGCGGGUCCUCUUCGAGUCGAGAGACCCCUCGAUUGAUCUCCUUUUUUUUUUUUUUUCGCUGAAAGGGAAAAAAGAGAUCCUCUUAUUCGUUGGGUACCUACGAGGAAGGAUACCGAGUGAGAGAGGAGUUUCCGCUGAGUCUUCGACGUAUUCCCUUGGAUAUUAUUUAUUGCGAAUAGAAAGUUUGCGAGCCACUCGAGGAUCGUCCCGGAAGGGACGGAGGCUCCGGGAAUUUGUAAAAUAUAUUUGCGAGGUCGUAUAGAAAUUUCGCGAGAUUUCGUUGGGACUUCUCCGUUGCUCGGUGCAGCAUCCCUCGCGAGGCGGCCCGCAAGCGGCGCGGAGGGCCGCAUGCGGACGGCCGGACGCGACGGAGGACCCGGAGGGCGGAAUCGCAACGGGCCUGAUCGGGGAUGAGAUGCCGGAAUUUUCGAGAAUUUGGAGAUUAAUGGAGGGAUUUUAGUGUCAAGGGACCGUGCAGCGCGUAGAUUGCACGGCCCUCGAGACUCUUGCGCCGCGAGACUCGCUUCUCUUACUUUUGCGGUGCGCGUGCGGUUCUCUUACGGAAGUACGUCGGCUAUGGUUUCUGAGAGAUUAGUGACUAGUUAUGCCAAUACCGAUACCGAUAUCGAUCUUAAUGGCACCUCGAACACCGUUCCCGGCCAGGAGGAAACUCUCGGCCGGGAAAUACGCCGCCAUUGUACGGCUACUGUAUACGCUUCGUUGCUCCGAUUCUACGCGUCGAGGAAUUAACGAGGAUUCGAAUAAGAAGACCCGAAAGCCUGACGAUGCACUUAUGUACAAAGGAAAAUAAAGUUGCUCCUGCUUAUCCGCAUA